AUGGUUUAUAUUUCGAACGGUGAGGGGCAGAGAUUCCGCGGUGGGGAGGAAACCUUUAUUAUGGGGUGGGAGUGGGGCACAGCAUGGGCGUAGCCAUGAUUUAUUUUAGGGGGGCAGCCUUUAUGUUGGGGAGGGUUAGAACAGAGUUAUCUGCAGCACAGUUGGUUAGUUAAGUAUUUUUAUUUAUUUUCUUGAUUUAGGGAAGCAGCUGCCCCCCACCCCGGCUACGCCCAUGGGGCAGAGGAAAAUUUAUGCCUGACCCUCUUUUUCUGCUCCUUUUGUAUGUGGAGGUGGUGUAGAUCGAGGCCACUACACAAGAUCACGCUUUCUGCAACCUGGUAGAUCCGGGAGGCUGCCAGUAGUGUUUUCAUAGUUGCUGAAUAAACUUACAUAAUUCCUGCUGUUGCUGUCUGUGGAAAGAUGCACUGAAAGGGUUGUCAUGUUCGUAUGACAGGGCUUGAGGUUGUUUUUCAAAGGGUAACUCCGAAAGAGCCCGGGCGAAUGGCUUCGUGCGGAUUAAAAGCCUGUUUUAUUUUUCAAAAGCGGGAUAAUUAAAAAGCCUUUUGGGCACCUCGAAGUCAUUACUCAGAUGCACAAAGAAUUGUCUUGGUCUGUAAAUCACCUAUAAGGUUGGAAACAGGAAUAUGAUUAUCAUUGCAGGUGUCAACCCAAUACAUACCUCUUCUGAUAAAUUCUGGCUCAUGACCAAUGCAGUUUUAACUAGAUUUCGAUUCAUAUUUUUAAUUGCUUGGUUUGCCAUCUCAAACCAUUCUACUGCCUCCUAAUUUGGACUGUCACCCCAGAAGAAAGAAAUUGUUUAUAUGCCUUAAUUUACAAAUUUGGGGUGGAAUUACUUUUGGCUCUUCAUGUUAGCAGUAGGUGAUAAUCUUGAACUCUGUUGAAGUAAGCAUAGGAUUAAGCUGUACAAAUAGCAUUUCAGAGUAACUAUUUGAUUAAUCUACCUAAUGUGCGUUGGUUCUCUGAACCUUGACUAUUGCUCAGCAAAUUAGAACUCAACCCUAUACGUUCUUAAAGAAUAGUAUACUUGACUUAAAUGGUCAUUGAUUUGCGUUCUCAGUGCUGACACUAGCAGGUAAUUGUGGUUUGAUUAGUUCUUUUGGGGAAUGGGAGAAAUCUAAUAACAACUAUAAAAAGCCUAAUGAUUAAAAUACCUGCAGAAGUCCCUGCUAGUUUGCAUUUCCCCUCUUUCACAGACAGCACUGAAAUGUAAGCUUACAGCCUUUAGCAGUCUGAUUAAAAACAAACAAAACAUUUCUAUCAAGGGCAGAGAGGUGGGAUCAUAUUUCCCCACCCUGGUUUACUGAGUUUUCACUCUAGUUGUGAAGGAAGGUAUUUUUCUUUUUCUGCUGCUAUCCAAGUAGGCGGACGGUGGAAUGAUGGAGCAAUCUGUCCCUCCUCCACCAGCCUUCUUACUGGAUUGCUUGAAAUUCCUGGUCACCUGUUGUUAAGUACAAGACUGGGUUAGCACUAGAAGAAUUUAAAAAAUUAAGCAUUGAUUGGCUGGAGAACUAGUGUGUCUUGUCUGUAGUUUGUAGUAACAAAAAUGUGCAGUAGUACAGAAUCUAGGGCGGCUAUGCUGUGUUCAUUUUUAGGGGUAAGAUUUUCUGACCCGUACAUAACUUCUUAAAUACAUAGGACUAAGCUAUAAGAGAGCUUUUGGGUGGAAAGAUUUGCUAGUACAGUACUGUACUGAUGGUUGUUGCUCCAGAUGGGUUGAACAUUGGAAACAUAGCAACUAUGAUGCAAGAAACUAGCAUUGUUAGGUGGGGGUGGGAGAUGUUUCCACUUGAUUUGUUACACAUUAAUGUGUGUUGCAGGAUGGAUGAGUAAACUUAGAUUUGAACAAACAGAAAUUUGCAGUUGGGCCCAUAUCUCCAGUUACAACUAUUUUAAGUGACUAUUUUUAUGUCAAGUGAAAUGUUACUUCCAGUAAACCAGGGGUGGGAAAUUCUCCGAGUUUUGUUGGUCUCUUAACUAUCAUCAACCCCUGACUAGUCAUUAAAGAUGAUGGGAGUCACAGUAUAGCAACAUCUGGAGGACCACAGAUUCUCCACUCCUGUAGUAAAGUAUGUUAGGGAAGCAUAUAACAACUGGUAAAGUACAUUCCUUGGCCAGGUUCCCAGGCUUUAUAUUUUUCAAACAGUAAGUCCCCAUGCCACAUGAUUAAAGGGAAAUAAUACUGAUUUGUGUUUUAACUUCUAAAAUAUCAAUUUUUGUGAAUAAUACUGCUUUCUUCUUCAUAAUGAUGUAUACAUUGUUAUUUUGAGAUGAUAUUUAUUAUUAUUAUUAUUAUUAAUUACAGGUCAAGUGUUGGAUAGCCGGAGUCGGGCUCCAUGGAGCUUGUCAUUUAUAACUGACUUCUUUUGGGGAAUAGCAGACUUCGUAGUUAUGUUGUAAGUAGAAUUGUUCUCUUAAUCUAAAUCUUAAAUUGUGCAACUUGCCUUCAGAACCAUCUGGGACUAGUCUUAUGGCAGGAUAGAUAGAUAGAUAGAUAGAUAGAUUAUAGGAUGCACUUAACAGUCAAUUGAACACCAAGCAAAGCUUUUCUUCAGUAAAAUAGACCUAGAUUUAAAUCUCUCAUUGUGAAGAGCAGUAUGCAUCUGAUAAUAAAUUCUUUAGGUCGUCCCUUCUUUUAGAGUCGUGAGAUGACAAUACUCCACAAAGCAAGAAAGAAAAAGAAAUGAUUCAUUAAAAUUAAAUUGAUCAGUGCACAGGAAACUUAAUAACAUGAGAUGCUUGUGACAUCUGAAAAAAGGAAACCAGCAUUCUAGGCUUCUGGGGACACCCUGAAUAAUAUUUUGAUGUCUCAUAAAGGCUAUUUAAAAUAAGUCCUGACUCAAGUUUAGAUUUUGUCAGUCUUCCAUUCAAUUGACAAAUGUUGGACCGGGAGAGAGAGAGAGGUAUAUAUAGAUGGAUAGAUAAUCUCUUCAGAAGAUAUAUAUAUCUCUUCAGAGAUAUAUAUAUUCUCUUCAGAAGUAAAGAUAGAAAAAAUAUUUGUAGAAAGGCAAUUUUGCUGUUCAUUUAAACUUAAUACUACUACUGAACUGCUUAACCCUGCUGCUUAUUUGUGGCACUGGAUUAAUGGGAAUCUUUUGUCAUUUCAGUUUCCAGAGCAUUAUUCACCCAGACUUGACAAGGAGAGGCUACACAUCUUCCUCCUCUUCAAGAUACGAUGAUGGAAGGGGGUACUGCUUUUUCAUUUUAAUUUAGGGUGGGAAACUUGUUGCACUCCCAAUGUUUUUGGAUUCCCAUAUCCCAUCAGCCUAACCAAACAGGCAGUCAAUUUAGAUGGUACACAAAAUACUACUAUCUUAUUAAAAAGUCAGGUUGUUAUGUGUGUGUUUUACUGAAAGAAACAAAAAAUUAUGUACAAACAAUAUGUGACAGAUUAUAUGGAAGCAGAAGAUAUUUAGGCCUGAUUCACACACAUCCCCAGUAUUUAGAUCUUGCACAUGGUGAAGAACAGGAGCAAGGGGCUCAAGUAGAAUCCCUAUUGUGAGUUUGAGCCUGAAAAUCCAUUUACAAGUAAGCUGUCACCAGAUAGCCAUCAUCACAUAGGAUCAUAUGAUGUGAGGCCCACUUGUGUCAGCCUUGCUCUAUGCUGAAAGUCUGUGCAUAGCCCAACUGGAUGCAAAACUACAUGUAGAGACCAUAUGUGAGCCCCACCCUAACUUCAGUUAUUAAAAUCUUCCAAAUUUAGUUCAGAAUGAGAGAUGCUGCAUUUACUUCAAGCUUAGCUGGCCAUCCUUGUAAAGAUGCCUCACAUUAUAAAGGUAUAAAGCAGAGCUUUCAAAACUGUCACAACACGUUAGUGUUACCAUGUGUAGGUGUGCCAUGUGAGCGCUCCCUGCGCUCGUCCAAGGGCUGGAAAGGGGUUAGUUUAACCCAGUGCUUUUUUCUGGGGGGACGAAGGGGUACGCAUUCCCCUAAACAUUUUGUGAAUCUUUCUUCUUUUGUCCAUUUACUGUAUUUAUUUUUCCUGAUUUGAACUAUAAAAUGGUGAUUUUCUUGAGUCAAAAUGAGAGUACCCCUAAACAUUUUUUAAGGAAAAAAAAGGACUGGUUUAACCUCUGGUUUGCUAGUAAAACUGAAUUACUGUCUCAUGAAAUGAUUCAUGUCUAAAAAGUGUGUCACCAACAUGAAAAGUUUGGAAAGCUCUGGUAUAAAGGUAUCUCAUCUGUUGAUAAGGAAUCUUGCAUUUUGGGGAGCCUAAGAAAGGAAAACUUAUUUUACCAAUCUUAGAAACCCAUAAUCUGCUACAUCUGAAGGUGCUUCUCUGAUGGGAUUUCUUGCCAGGUGUUUUCUCUUCACAUUUUGCUUUUGUUUGUUUUAGGCCUCCAGGGAUUCCUCGUCGUAGAAUGGGUCGAAUAAACCACUUUGGAGGAGGUCCAAGUCCUCCACCAAUGGCUGGAGGUGGAUGA